CUCCCUCCCGCAUUCUCUUCGUAAUCUCUCAUCCCCAUUCUCUGAAAUCUCACCUCGCCUUGCCACCCAGGUUGAGCCCCAGUCUGGAGACGAAGUCCACGGGCCUAGAAAUCGUCACCGCCCACCCGAAUAGACCUUGAGUAUGGGUAUGGGUUUGUUGCGGGUUGAAGUGAGAGAAAGCGGUGGUUGUGGGCUGAGGUUAAAGCUGUUGUCAUGGAAGGGUUGAGCGUAGUGGUCGAAGAUUUGGCGAGUUUGGUCAGAAUCCUGGUUGGUUUCUUCCUCGCCCGAUUGCAUGAUUAUGCCAGUGUUGCCCCAUUCGUAUUCCAGCAUUUUGCUAUGUGCAGACGGCCUCUUCCCCCUGCGGGCUACGACGUUUCUGCGCACAGAACAUAUAGUGAGAGAGAGAGGAAGCAAAAGUCUCUCCUCCCCGCUUGGACCUCCGGCGUGCGACAAGGAUUCCAAGGCACUUCUGUUCAUCGAGGAGAUGACGAGGGAAACGGGCGCUGUCCAGGAGAGGGUUUUGCGGGAGAUACUGUUUCGGAACGCCGAGACUGAGUACCUCAGGAGGUUCCAGCUCAAUGGCGCUACGGACCGAGACACGUUCAAGUCGAAAGUCCCUGUCGUUACUUAUGAGGAUCUUCAGCCUGACAUUCAGCGUAUUGCUAAUGGUGACCGAUCCUUCAUCUUCUCAGCUCACCCCAUUUCUGAGUUCCUCACCAGGUGAAGAUAUAUCGAGCUAAUCAAUCUCACUUUCACACUCGCUGUUAAAAUAUAAAGAAAAAGAAACAAAUU